AUGUCCGCACCCAGCAAUGACAAAGACUGUCUCCAGGACUCGUCGCAGCAGCUAGACUACGUUCACGGUAGCUCGCACAAGGUCCUGAACUUCCAAAAUGCCAAUUCACGGCGCUAUGCCGUCAACAACGAAGAUGGACACGCGAGCGGAACGGAAUGGGAGUGGUGGAGUCGCGAGAAUCGAAAGGGCCGGCACAUCCUUCUCCUCAGUCACGGUCAAGCACCCUCGCGCACCGCACGUACUACCCGCCUUCUUCGAGCGCUUGUGCGCAUGAUCACAGUCAUAGCCUGGUGGGACGUUUCGUGGUGGGUUGGCGUCGUCUUUACUGUCGGCUCGAUAUGCUCCAUCACCUCUGGCGUCCUUCAAUGGCUUCCAGUCGCAUAUCCAGAUAGGCGAUUCGCCGCCGACCCGAGCACUGUCAGCGGCGCGAUAUCCUUCUUCCGUGGAAUGUUGUUCCUGCUGGGCGGCAUGCUCCUUGUAGUCGAAGCGGUGAACGCCAAUCAGAGCGACUGCUUUGGCUGGGCGCUCAAGGAAAGUUUGAACUCCGACAAUGAGAACAUCGAGCUCGCGUCUCCGGACGAAGAGAAAGCGACGGAGAACCCUUCCGGCUUCCAACCCGACCGUCGAAACUGCACCCAUAUCCACAACCCCGACCGCAUGAAACAUCGAAUAAUGCACACCAAGACGUUCAAGGUGGAGGCUUGUCCUCAGUCAGGGCCUGAGCAGGCCUGGAAAUGGUGGCCCACGUGGCAGGAUGUUCGCGUUCACUAUCGUCGGGAAAUCGGCUUCAACGCAAACCUCAUACUCUUCAUUGGUACGGCAAUUUACUGGGUCACGAAUCUCCUCACCUUACCAGGUGUAUACAAGAACCUCCCGCAAGGUGUGCUCUAUGGGCUAUACUAUCCUUCUUUCCUGCUUGGGGCUAUCUGCUUCCUCGUCGCUUCCAUACUAUACCUGUUCGAAGUGCAGCGCCAGUGGUGGAAGCCCGCGCCGCGCAUGGUCGGGUGGUGGGUUGGAAUGACAAACUUGGUGGGUAGCAUAGGUUGGAUCUGGAGUGCUUGUUUGGGAUAUUGUAGCACAGGGUGGUGCGAGUAUCAGAGUACACUGGCUCUGGUAUGGGCACCUACAGUAUAUCUCAUGGGCAGUUUGCUGAUGCUUUAUGAGGCUGUAGAGAAAUGGCCCAUCCACAUCGAAGGAUAG